AUGGCCGCGGCCGUCGCAAGCUACCCGGGGCCACCGCGCCAGGAGGCGCUGCUUGGAACGCCUCCAUCUUCCCACAGCAGGCAGACCCAGCCGCUCCCAGGCUCCGGCCAUGGCCAGAGCCCAGGACAUCCGCUCUUUCAGAGGGGCCGGCGAGUGGCCACGCCGGUCAGCGCGCUGGCACGGCUCUGGGGCGACGAGCCACGCAGGGAGGAGCCUGCACCGCUCGGCAUCUCUGCCUCUGCGGCAGCGCCCAGCGGCGGCCCAAAUCUGGCAGCUCGAGCCCGGGCGGCGACGCAGGCAUCCUGGAAUCGUUCGCUGUCUCCUCAGAGGGCAACCGUUCCGCAGCCGCAGCAGCCGCAGCCGCUCUUCAUAAGGGCGCAGGACACCGCCCCGGCCACGGACACUCCACGGACCCGGUUUCAGGAGUCGCCGUCCCCGCGCUCGCGACAUCGGAGCAUCAGGCCGUCCAUGACCCCCUCACGCAUGGGAUUCCCGGAUCCCACGAGUCCUCCGGCCGACUACCGUGCGGCUCGGCAGACCUCCAUGUCUCCACCUCGAGCUGCCUCGCGGCAGACGGUCGUCCCUCCUCCCAAGGAGGACGAGGACCUCAUCCACCAGCAUGUCUUGUACAUCCUCAAGAAGAAUCCGGAUGUGUCCAAGUCACGCAAGGUGCAGCAGGUCACGCCAGGGGUGUACCUCCUGGACGGCCAUGAGGUGAGCAUCGAGUGGAGGCACUCCCGAGAGCCCGGAAAGCGAGGCUGCCCGGUAGUGGUGGACGGCCCCAUGCGACAGCCCCUCAUCGACUACCUGAGAUUCAGUGAGGAGAACAAGGAAUACGACACGGAGACGGUGGCUUGCACCACGUCCUUGCAUCAGGUUCCGAAAGACAAGCGGAUGACCUUCGACGACAGGCACAAGCAGUACAGCCGGCUCGAAGCCAUGAAGGUGGCAAAGGAGCAGGCCUGCAUCCGGGAGCAAGCUGCCGAUUGCCUGCUGGACGGCAAGCAGGUGCCUGACGACCUCGUGAGACGCUACAACAAGGCAGCCCGCAUUGCGAUCCAAGAUUCGCUCGCGGGAGAAGGACGGGGAGCGAAGGGAGACCCUGGUGCCAUCUCCAGCCGGGACACCGACGCCAGCAACGCCCACAGCGCCGACAGCGCCAGCAGCGCCCGCGGCGCCAGCAGCGCCGAAGGAUACCUCAUGGUUCAGGGAGUGUCGCAGAUAGAAAAGGCCCAGAGCCCACAAGCAUCCAACCUGACAACCAAAGAACGGAGUGUUCUGGUUGCUCCGGUGCGAUGGCUCCGGACUUCCAAGACGAUGACCUGCCCGCGCGAGAAAGGGACGCCUUCACCGCCAUCUACGUUGUCAGAUGUGAGCAUUCCGGCCUUGCACGAACGAUCCAGGAUCAGCUUGAAAAUGCGGCCUUCCACGGCCACGCAAGUCUUCAACGCCUUGGCCAAGAUGGAAGAGACCCUUUUCGAAGAGUUGGGCUCCGAAGUGGCCUCAGUCGAGAGUGCCGAUUUCAAGCGGGAGUUCUGCACGAUGCGAGAGAAGGCCGUGGCGAGCAUGCGCGAGUGGCAGGGCUUCGUGGAGGACUGGAAGGGAAGCCUCCUCACGAGGCUCCAGGACGUCGGCCACGAGCUUGACAGAGCGCGAGCUCGCGAGGCGACCUUGAAGCACCGGCUUCAGGAGAAGGAGGCGCAGGUGACAACACUUCUCAAAGAGAAGCGCAUGCUGAAGCGCCAGCUCAAGACGGAAGGAGCCAGGAGGAAGUACUUGUGCGAGCAAGCAAUACAAGGUCAGCGGGACCAAGUGGGUCCCAAGGGCCUCUUAUCGAAGCUGACCAGGCGCGACUCCAAGGAGUCCGUGGCUUUGGACACCGCAGACGAGGACCCCAAAUCCAGUUCCAGCAAGCGCUUCUCCCUCUCGGACACAGUCAAGGCAGGCAUAAGUUCCAUCGCCAUGCUGACGAGACAAAACUCUUUGGACGUGCAAGGCAUCCUCCCAGGGCAGGCCACCACCGCCGAGCUGAGCGAAGAGGAGGAUGAGGGGGAGGAGGACCUGUUCGAAGAGGCACCUGUCCCGAAAGAGCUGCGGGAUUCCUCCGCCCAGGCCUGUGCCAAGGACGUGGCGGUGGCGCACGUGGGCGUGCAGUGCGUUCUCCGCGAGACCUGCGACUUUUCCUCGCUGAUGACGGCCUCGCGUUCACUGCGCGAAGAGCGUGAAGAGGGGGCUCUUUUGGACAAGGUUGGCACAAAGGCAGUCUGCCUUGUGGUACCCGAAAUCCACCAAGAGCAAUCGCGUGACACUGUUUUUACUUGCGUGGCAUCUGCCACUGUCAUUGCCAUCGCCACGGUCAUGGCGCUUUUCCCCUGUGAAGAUACCGGAGCUGCCCAGGCUGCCGGAGAGGGCGCUGCCUCCCGUGGUCCAGGCGCUGCCUUGUUCCCAUCCGUCGCGACAGCCCUCUCCGGCUGCGAUGCGCAUGGCGGCGCAGGCCAUGGCUGGAUCCCUUCAGGCGCCGCCGCAAAGGAGCAGCGGCACGCCGCGGUCGCCGAUGGCCGCAGAAGUCCUGGCGCCAUUCCCUGCAGUCGCCAUGUCCCAGCGCGGGAUUUCCCUGAAUGGCCUGCCACCCUUUGGCCCCGUUGCCACUGCGACUCCAAGCACCGCCACCACAGCAGCGACCGCCACUUCGGCCACGGCAGUGCCCCUGCCGGGCAGGGCCCUUGCCCGGAUCGCACGCAGCUGGAGUGGCUCCUCCGUCACUUCUCUGCCAUUCCGGGAGCCCAGCGUCUCCCGGAUUCCUACCCGGCCCACUGCACAGGUGGUGACGGCAGCGCCCAUCACGGUGGCCUCCGGCCAGUCGUCUGGCCUCCCGUGGCCUGGCCAGUCACAGUAUAA